GUUGUAAAAAAAAAAAAAAAUAGUAUCUGCCUAACCAAAGAAAACUAGUCUGAAAACGAAAAAUGUCAGACAAGACAUGUUGUAGGCCGCUACAUUCAUAGCUAAAUCGUUAAUUUUAAACAAUCGAACCUUUCCUAAAUUCAACUAUCCUGCAAGAGUAGCCUUAUAAACUAAACUACAAGCACAUUUUGCUAAAUAUGUUAUCUCUCUAAACUUUAAUUGAACCUGAAAAAUGUCUUACAUUAUAACUUCCUCAUCGACGGAAUUAGUCCUGGCACCGAUCUUUCGUUUAUCCUCACAAAGCAUUGCACCGGGCUACGAAUAACACUGGAUUCAGAACACAGCAAUGUUCUGUAUGACCUGAGCAGAGGACUAGACCAGUGACGCCCUCAUCCAAAAUGAUUCAUCACAAGAAGUCAUUGCGCUGACAGAUUGAUGACUAACCGUGCCAAUAAAAUCUCCUUCUAUAAAACCCUAAUCUUAGUAUGAGGCCCAGUUUGCAUGUGCAGUCUACUAUUGGCUCUGCGCUAUCUGAUUGUGGGGAAUAAUUUGACGCCGGAUCAAUUUGGACAUGCAAAAGGCUGCUACCUGGGGAUAAAUUACAGGGCCUUUUGAGGAAAUCAUCUACAAUGGAAAUGGUAGCUCUUGUUCUAUCUCUGCUGCUCACCAACGGAAUUGUUUUAAUCAGUGCAGCGGCCAGCGAUCAGAAUUCACCACCAGCACCCGUUAUUGAAUUCUUUGAAACAGCCUCUCCAGGUAUUGCAGAGCUUACUGAGGGGCAAACGCCCAAUGGCUCCUCUCCCUUGCGCAGAAUGCCAGAAAAGAGCCCCCCGCCCCAUCCAAUGUGCUUAGUCUCAACUGGCAUCAGACACACAUUUAAAUACAUCAACACGAUGGUGUCUGGUCUCGUUUUCGUCGUCGGAAUAGUUGGAAAUUCGGCUCUGUUGAGAAUCAUUUAUGAAAAUAAAUGUAUGAGAAGCAGGCCCAACUUUCUCAUCGCCAGUCUUGCUUUGGGGGACUUGCUCCAUAUUGUGAUAGACAUUCCAAUCAACGCUUACAGACUCAUGGCUGAGGACUGGCCGUUUGGUCUGGCGCUCUGUAAACUGGUUCCCUUCAUCCAGAAAACAACCGUUGGGGUCACAGUGCUGUGUUUAUGUGCCUUGAGCAUUGACAGGUAUCGAGCUGUUGCGUCCUGGAGUCGAAUCAAAGGCUUUGGGACUUCAACGUGGACAGCAAUAGAGAUACCUUUCAUAUGGGUAAUAUCAACAAUCCUGGCUGUGCCAGAAGUGGUGGGCUUUGAUACGAUUACAAUGGACUAUAAAGGACAACAUCUGAGGAUAUGUCUCCUUCAUCCCAUGCAAACAAGCCAGUUCAUGAAGUUGUAUAAAUCGGCGAAAGACUGGUGGCUUUUCGGCUUCUACUUCUGCAUGCCGCUGGCUUGUACAGCUAUCUUCUACACCCUAAUGACCUGGAAAAUGCUCAAGAAGAAAAAGAACACUGUUAGCGACUAUACCAAACAGCGUCGAGAAGUGGCCAAGACAGUGUUUUGCUUAGUGCUUGUGUUUGUCCUCUGCUGGUUCCCUCUGUACCUGAGCAGAAUUUUAAAACUCACCAUUUAUGAUGAGAAGGACCCUAAAAGAUGUCAGCUACUGAGUGUCUUUCUUGUCCUGGAUUACAUUGGGAUAAAUAUGGCAUCGCUGAACUCCUGUAUCAACCCUAUUGCUCUGUACAUGGUCAGCAAGCGAUUCAAAAACUGUUUCAAGAAAUGCCUCUGUUGUUGGUGCAUACCGCCUGAAGUAUCGGAUCUCGAAGAUGUGCAGUCUAUCUUAAAGUCAAAGGUGCCGGAGCAAGCCUCUGAGAACAGCAACAUCAGAGCUAAUAAGCCUCCCUCCUCCUGAGUUGGAUGUCCCUCACCGUCUGAGUUUCCAUUAAUGACCUCAUCGCCUUCUUCCUCAUGGUCUUCAGUGGUUCUGUAGACUCUAUACAGCCCUAAGCGUUGUUAGUGGUGUAGUGUUGCUUAGUAACAGAAUCUCUAUCACUCUCUGUUGUGAGGCUGUCAUCAGUGGAACAUCUGCUUUGGGCGUGAGCCACUCAGACAGAGAAUGAGCCUGGCCUGACUCGUAUCCCUCGGGCCUCUUCGCCGUUACGUCAUGUUUCACCUACAGCCUAUAUAGAUCACGCUGACUAUCAGCUGAUCAGCCCCUGUCGGGAACAUGAUUGCGUUUUUUUGAUCCGAUGUUUACCCUGAAAAGUUUGCCUAAGAGGCACUUAGCCUUGGCACCUAUCCAGCCCUGCAGAGUCCUUUCCACCUGUAAAGAGAUUACCCUCAAAUGCCGCUCAGUUUCUAGCAAUGCUACUGUACCUUGGAAAAUGCAUUGAGAAUUUACUGAGAAUGUUGGAAUAGCUUAUAACCGAAUUAGAUAUCCUAUUCAAUGUCAGAAAUGUGUCAGAGAGGGCAUGACAAAUUAUUGGGACACAAAUGUAUAUUUCGGUCUCUCUGAGAAAAAAAGACAUUCUUUUACGUGGAUUUAAACACUGGUGUUCCUCUUUCAGUUAGCACUCCUAGAGAAACCUAUAAAAUCGGAGAUACCAGUGUAUGCUGCCUUCAACGCUGAAUGACUGAUUGAUGGGGCCCUAUUUUUAAUGCAUUGUUAAAUGUGUAAUGCAUGAAGAGUCUUUAUAAAAGACCUGAGUGGAAAAGAAGGAAAAUGGAGAUGACAGAAUGGGGUCAGGAGGAGGAGGCAAGAGUUGACACCUGAUGGCUCCUGUCACAGGACAAGGCAAGCACAGAUAGGAAGCAUUUCUUCAAUCCAAUACCUUAUCAAUCUACUCAACUAUUUUAGGUAUGAAUUAUAUUGCUCCCUGUAGCGUUUGGAAAGUUUUACUUUUACAGAGAGAGGUUCACUUUCAACAGGAUUUAUUAUUGGCUGUCAAGGCCAGAUUAUUUUAAUGUGCAAUAUAAUGUUUUCCUCAUUCUGUUUCUGGGCAAAUAUGUGUAUUGUAUGUGUUUGUGUGCGUGUGUGUGUAUUAUUCAUAAGGAUUUCAAUACGUUUCAUUUUACUUUCUGUUUUGGGAUUUAUGAUGAUUUAUACAAAGAAAUAGUCUAUUAAACAUUACCCAUGAUUCAAUUCAUGGAUAACAAUGUUGUUUAUGUAAGAUAUAACUCCAAGGUAACUCUUAGGGGCCCGUGCCAGUUCCUGCUUUUUUCUUUUGAUCUUUAAUGAAUAUAAAUGUCAAACUCAUUCCUAUUUAUACAUUUAUGUAUGAUUUUUACCCCUAUUGUCUUAUUCCAGUGCCAGAGUGCAACCUUGUAUUCCUCCUUUGUGUAUUUCAAUUCUCAUUUAGACGUAUCAACCAGCAGGUUGUGCUAAAGAUUUAACUGAAUCAGUCUCAGCUGAGCACUUCCAAGUGCCGUGAUAAACCAGAACAGAUAAUGUCUCAUCAAACAUCAUAAUCGGAUGAUAUAAAAUAAUCACCACGCAUCUACCAAACAAUCGCAGGGAUAAUCAUCCAAUUACAGGCUAAUUUGAACCACAUCCUUUUGAACCUGUGUACAAUAUUCAUGUUUCUGGUGGUGGAUGAAGGGCGGAGUGGAAGCGUGCUUUUCAACCCACACUGCUUUGAUACCUACUGUGAUGCAGACUCCUGCUCUUCAUCUCAUUCCUUCAUCUUCAUCUCCCUGUCUCACAUUGGACCUGCUCCAGCGAUCUGACAGCCCCGACACACACGGUGAAAAGGAUGCUGGGCUGAGGCACAGAUAUCGGGGUCAUGGAAGACUUGAUCCUGUACAGCACAGCCAAUUUAUGUUGUUUUGAUCUAGUAAGACGAUCUGGAUAGGCGAAUGGAAUAUCACAUGGAAACAAAUCUAGUAUACUCAGACAAUGCAA